AUGUCAAUUGCAACGAAAACACAUGAAAAUAUUCUCGAAGAACUAACAACAAUCAAACGAGUCCUGAACAAAGAUCAAACUGUUCCCGAGGAAGAAACACAAUUGAAUAACGAUGAAGAAGAAGAGGAGGAAGAAGAAGAAGAAGUUUUAGUAGAAGAACAAUCUCCUCCGUCAAUCAAAUCAUUCGAAUCGAAAUCAUUAACAAAUUUAAGUACAACAUCAACUCCUGAUCCACCCUCACUUUAUUCAUCAUCGACAAUGUCAGUUACGACAACUGAUCCUCGUCCGAAUUCUUCUUUACAAAAACGUUCAUCGAAUCUCAAACGAUCCGACUCGAGAAUCAAAUCCGGCAAAUCUGUUAGUUUUUGUUUCGAUGAGAACAAAGAAUCGACCAAUGAAAAUCCACCAACUGAAGCGUUUGAAGAAAUUACUACACCGGUCAUUCCAUAUCAACGAGAAAAUUCCGAUUUAAUGCCUGAUUUGUUCAAACAACAUCAUAAGGAAAUCACCAACAAACCAACGAUUGGCUACAAAAUGGGAAAUACAUUAUCAAAUAUUCGAAUUCAUGAAAUCGAACCAAUGAAUGGUGAAUAUCUUCGACUAUUAAAUAUCUCGAAUUCGGAUGAUUAUGAUCUCGGUGGACAUUUUCUUCAACAAAAUCUCGCCUGUACACCGGUGUGUCGAUUCCGAUUUCCCUAUAAUACCGUUAUUCGAGCUGGACAGACAGUCACGAUUUGGUGUGGCGCACUGAGAGAAAUCGAACCACAACCUCCACAUCUAUUCGUAUGGAAAGAACAGAGACGAUGGGAAACCGGACCGGAAUGUGUCACGAUUUUAGCAAAACCAAACGGACAAGCUGUUGCAUGGGCACGAAGUUCGUAUCGAGUAAACAGUGAUCAAUCAUCAAGUGAUAUUUUGUUCGUCCAAUCGAAGUCGAAUGGUGGAGUAUCAGAUGUCUCAAGUCUUUCAGGAAGUAGUUUUAAAAAUCGUUCGCGUCUUUCGGCAUUUAAUUUCAUUGGAAAAGACAAACCUCCAUUUGCACAUUCACCAAGUAGUCCUGUACAUCCCGAUUGUAGUGGUGUAAAUUCCAAUAUACCCAACGAUCUUCGUUCGAAUAUGCAUCAACAAGGAGGAAUAUCUCAAUUACUUGUUCGACCAAAAUCUUCUCCGUUUGCAAGUCAUACGGGUUGUAAACAGGAUUUAAUUAGCUCAAAUUUUCUACGAAAUCAACAAACACAAGAACAAAAGCAAACCAGUGUGAAAACAUAA